AAAGUAUAAUUUUAUGCAAUUCAAACGAAAUUACCAAGAGUUCUUCUAUAAUUUGUUUCUUUGCAAAUUUAAAAGUUCUUCCAUAUCGACUGGGCAAGUAACAUGGAGUGAGAGUUCUUCAGUCGGUAAAGCCGACUUGACACGCAGGAAAAAGGGUGCGCGAAAAGCAGGAAGUGCCAAUGUGGAGCAAAUUCCAGUGGCCGUAGCAGUGUAACGAAACUAAGAAGGGUAAAAAAAGGUGCGAGAAGAAAGAGCGCACGGCGACAAGUCAGAGUUGGUGUAUCUUCCUCUCCCUUUCGCUCUCUUUCUCUGCCUAAAAGUUGACCUCGAGUUUCAAGGGUAGAGAAGGGUUUGCAGUCGUUUGCCCCUCUACCUUACCAGGGACUACGAGCCAUGGCUCUCGAAUUCUCUACGAACGGAAGAGAGAAAGCGACGUUGCCUCGACGUCGGUAGUGGUAGUCUCCCGCCAUCCCCACCAUGACUGUAAUGUAGUUCGAUUGGUUGGCGUGCUCGGGUUUUCCUUUGUGAGCGGGCGGGUGAAAGCGUGGCUUGGCAACGCUGUACGAGUUCGCCGGCGUCCGCUGGAAGGAAGGCUAAGCUCGUGUAAGUGGAACAAGGAUAGAAGAACGCGGAGAAAGAGACAAACAGACAAGUAGCGAGUGAGACUUCGGGCCAAAUGGAGGGGGAUUGAGUUGGAGAAAGAGAAAGAGAGAAUGUACAAGCGUCCAGCCAGGCCGUCCUCGCCAGCUUCGCCCUCUGUGUGUGCGGCAUCGCGUGUAGAGUCGGUGGCGAGAGAAGCAAUCCGCGCGUAAGCUUCUCCAUGUGAAAAAGCUAUUACGCGUUCCACUACCACCGUGCAUCCAUCCAGCGUCGGUGUGCAUAUGCACGCAUAAAAGCAUUGCGUCUCUACGCGCGCGUGAUGUUGCAUAGAGUGCAUAAUUAGCGACGUGUGUGUCGCGAAGUAGAAGAGACGUCACGUUUCCGAGGAAGAAAACGGCAAUAUAGAUGUAUUUUUGCGUAAAAAAGACGACAGUGUACGCGUAAAUGAAUGAGUAUACGAUCUUAUGCCUGAUACUUUUAUCGGUACCACCGAGAAGAAACGCUGUGUUUCUCGAAUGAAAGGCUCCAUGAGUACUUAGGGGAGGGAAGAAGAGAGACGAAGAGACGCACUGUAUCUGUCGAUGGUGGGGAGACAUAGGGAAAAAGAAAGAGCUAGAAGGGGAGAGAGAGCGCCCUCCCCUACUCACCCGCCCGUCCUCCUCCUCUACCCGCCGUACCUACUCACGGAGCUAACGAACGGUUGAGCGUAGCGUCGAGUAGACCGCAUCCCAAGUAUAACGUACGUAUUCACGAGGACCUUCUCCUAUACAUCGUGGAAAAAGCGUGUAUGAAGCCGCCUGUGCAACCGGGAGUACUAGUAGUGAUCGUGUAGUGCGCCGGCUGGUCAAGAGAAACGUGGUGUGACGACAGUGAGAGAGCACGGUAGCGCGUGCGGUGCGUGUUGCGUACACGACGGCUACGAACAAGACUCCGUACGAAUGUGAGGGUACGCGUGAGUGUGUGUGUAUAUCUUCUCGUGAGAGUAGGCGAGCGAGUGCGUGCGUGCGUACGCGCGCGCGCUGUGUGUGUGUGUGAGUGUGAGGGAGAGAGAGAUUGUGUGUGUGUAUGUGUGUGAUUGUGUUCCCUGUAUGAGGGAGACAGAGGAACGUAUGUGUGGGUGAGUGCGUGAGCGUGUAAAUUCUUCGUGCGUCCUUCUUUUCGUUGUUGGAGGAACGGUUCAGUAAACGAGGCUGAGGUGACAGACAGACCGUCCGCGUGUACGAUAUGUCGGAACACCACCGCGUAGCCGGUGGCUGGGGCACACCGAGCCCAGGAAGCCGCGAGGAUGCCUCCGGUGGUACCGCCUGGUGGCCUUCGGGUUUAAACACCGUUUCGGCCGAACAACAACAGCAACAACAACAAAAUCUACAUCAGCACCUGAUGAACCAACAACAACAACAGCUAUCGCAACAACAAGCUCAGCAACAACAGCAUCAUCAGGAUAUCGCGAGGAGUACAGCUGCCGCGGCUGCUACUCAACAGCUUUUCUCCUACAAGAUGGCCUCCAGCUUUCAGAACCCAGCCACUACGGGCACGCAGUCGAAUCCCGUCUCAACGUCUUCGCCGGUUGGCUCCUGCAUGAGGGGAGGCUAUGAUUAUAGAUUAGGAACGGGGCCUGGAACAGGCGGUGGUGUACCUGGUACACCAUCCGCACCACCGCCUGGUGUACAGUGGUGGUACCCAGGUGGAGUUAUGGACGCCGGACAGAACAACCUGCAUCAGCAAUUGCAGAGCCAACAACAGCAGCAGCACCUCUCGCCCAUUACCACACAAACGUCCACGCCCCCCGUUAUGUCCCCGCACCAGUUGCAGCAGCUAACGCAACAACAAAAUAAUCUUCAACAAAAUAACGCUCAGAGCUUACAACAGCGAGACAAUAUGCCGAGAGGAAAGGAUUCAAAGCCAAGAGGACGGAUGACCGCAUAUGCGUUCUUCGUGCAAACAUGUCGCCAGGAACACAAAAAGAAACAUCCCGAGGAAAAAAUUGUUUUCAGAGAGUUCUCCAAAAAGUGUGCAAUGAGGUGGAAGACUAUGUCAGACAAAGAAAAGAAACGUUUUCAUGAAAUGGCUGAAAAGGAUAAGAAGAGAUAUGAUACAGAAAUGCAAAACUAUACACCACCGAAAGGCGAAAGUAAAGGCAGAGGCAAGAAACGUAAACACAUCAAAGAUCAUAAUGCUCCCAAAAGAUCUUUAUCUGCCUUCUUUUGGUUCUGCAAUGAUGAACGCGGAAAAGUGAAGAUGCUAAAUCCCGAGUUCGGUGUAGGCGAUAUUGCCAAGGAACUUGGUAAGAAAUGGUCAGAUGCAGAUCCUGAAACCAAAUCGAAAUAUGAGGCUAUGGCAGAACAAGACAAAGCUCGAUAUGAAAGGGAAAUGACUGCGUACAAAAAGAAAAUGAAAGAUGGUGCACCUGUAGUAGCAAAUCCAGUGAGUACCAUAAAAAGCGACAGUGAAGAAGAAUAUAAAGAAGAUGAUGAAUAGCGGAUACACUACAAAAUUUCAUCUAUCACCCCGUGUCCUUGAUCCUGAAAGCAUACCUCACCUACUGUACGUACCAUUGACCUUAGCGUGAGCGUACUUACACCACUAGGAAAACAAAUAACUAAUCACCAGUCCCCGAUUAUUUACAAUAAUAAUUAAAAUACCCGCGAUUAUAAUAAUUAUUUUAAAAUUGUAUGUAUGUGAGACGUGCGAGAGAAGACCGGAAUGAGUGACAUUUGUAUUUUAACAUAUUGAUAGUAUCAUGUAAAAUGGCGUAGGAUAGCAGAAUGGAAAGAUAUGGUGCCCACUUUCUAUCAGGUGGAAGGCGCAGGGGCUCAAUCAUUGUUGAUAUUGUCUCCAGACUAUGUUAAAAGCUAACGUAGUUACAAAUCGUAAAACAGGAUACGGCGGCUCCAUAGUUGGGCGGUAUCAGUCGAUAUAGUUUGAUAUUUAUCAGUUCAGUUCAUUCGUUGCCAGUUGUAAGAAGACUUAUUGUAUAUCUUUGUACAGAACAUUUCUUUAAAUCAAAUCUGUCGCAGGUGGGGGCAUGGGGCUGCUUUGUAUGAAUGUAAUUGAUUUAAGUACGUGUCGUAUAGUUGUAAGUAUUAGGAUAAGUAUAUUUUAAUGCAACUUCGAUUCUACAUCUGCGUCAACAUGUGAUAGUUUCCACUAACAAUGUAUUCUAAACCAGGAGAUUGAGCCUUAUAGCUUAUAAGUAAUUGGAAUCUAAACAAAUAUCUAAUUCACAACUUUUCUAAAUCAAAAAAUUGGGAUGAUAGAACUCAGCCAUGGAGCAGUGGUAUUUUGACGUCCUACAACCAUAUAUAAAACAAAAUAAUUUCUAUUCAUAAGAAAACAGGAUCGAAACCAUCCGAUUUGUUUUAAAAAAUUGAUGCAAAUUUUGCUUUUAUGUUGUUUUAAGAACUAUUAUAAUCUCAAUGUCUUAUAAUUAUAUAAAGUACUGACUUUUUGUUCUUAUCGAAAUCAAUGGACAGUCGUUAAAGACAAACCAAACUAGAAUUGUAUUUUGAGUUUUAGCUGAUUCAAGUAGUCCCUGCCCUUACCAUCGUCAUCCUCCCUCUCAUGUUCAUUUUUCCAAUAAAGGGAAAUACGUUAAAUCCUUUCAGAAUCAUGUGAUUCCGUUCAUUGUUUAAGAAAGUAAGAUAGGGCGUGUCUUGUAUUGCCUCGAGUCAUCUGGUGUACAGCAGGCUGUAUUAUAAUAAAUUAUUAUGGUUUCUUGUAAUAUUAACAUUCCUAGAUCCUAGUAUGUACAGAUUUUAAUCAUUGAGAUUAGAGCCAACUGUGUAAGAAGCAUACCAAAAAACAGGCUAGGUAAUGCAGAUGUGAAUUUCGUGGCCAAGAUUGGUAUGCAAAACGAAUAUACAAGAGGCUUUGUUACAGUCAGACUGACUUGCACCUUGAUUUGGCUCAGCAGGUAACCACUACUUUUUGACAUAAAGCUUUUCAUCUCCCCUGCACAUUGUCAUGUAACGGAUAAUUGUAUGAUUAUAUAAGCAAAAACCUGUUUUAGAGGGAGCUAGAGGACGAAUACUGUAAAAUAUGAAAUUGUAAUAUUUUAAUACUGAUUUGCAGAUGUGCAUAAUUUUAACAUAGCUGGUUAAAAUGAAUUGUACUGAUACGAAGGUAUCCAUUCGAUGGAGAUAAAUAAUAAAAACGGAUAUUGAAAAUUACGACAGAAUUUUCUGUAUUAUGAUAGAGGAAUUAUAACAGUUAUAAAAGAAAUGUUUGUUUUGUAUAUC